AUGGAAGACCCCGUAAACCCGUCUGAUAAAGAAGAGAGGUGUUGCACUUCUACCGAUGGUAACAACAAGCCAACGGAUACGGAUAAAACGAGUGAAAAGAAAGGGGUAGGAAAGCAAAAACCCUCAAAAACGAAACCCGGUACAAGAGAAAAGUUUAAGUCUAGGAACGGAAAGAUUGAUGAUAUGUUGCAUAAACAGGCAGUAAAAGAGGACAUUUUUAAAAGGAGUGCAAGGACUACCAGAUCUCCAGCACGUAGAACGGGAGAUCAAAGGAUAGGCCAAGCACAGACACACGGGAAAGAUGAAGAAAAAGGAGAAGAGGAGGAGGAAGAUAUAAAAGUUGCUUUUAAAAGUGUGAUGGAAGCGCUUUGCAGUAUGACUCAGGAGAAUAAGUUGCUAAGAAAAGAAUUAGAAGAAUUAAGGAAUGAAGUGAAAAUGGGAGCGUACACAGAGAUUCAUGAAAUCAAAAAAGAACUUGAUGAGAUGAGGAAGGAGAUAAGAAAUAAUGCUCAAGCAGAAAUAAAUGCUAUAAAGGAGAAGCUCCAAGAAGUCAUGGAAGAAGCUGACCGUUGGAAGAUGAAUCUGAGAGAAGAGAAAAACAGAAUGUCUGACGAAAGGAUGACGGGUGAACAGGACACUCAUAUAAGCCUAAACACAGAAGAGAUAAAACAACUAAGAAGAAUAUUGGAGAAUAAUGACAAAGAAGAAAGGAAAAACAACAUUGUAAUUAAGGGACUAAAAUCGGGAGAAGACGUGAAGGAGGAUACAAAAAAUUCUUGA